AUGCACUACUUACGCAAUGCCAUGCUUGGCGCAGGUUUUCUAACCGCUCAAUCGCUAGCGCUAGUGUCGAACUCGUCGUCGUCCGGUGUCGUUGGAAACUACAUUGUUUCAACCACAACGGGCAACACCACGUCGUUCGGUGACUCGUACGUAUUCCUGCACACCACGGAAUUUGAGGUGUCAUCGCCCGUCAACGGGCUCACUUUCGAAAUCGACCCUCGUCUGGGCGGUCUUCCAUCGGACGACACUCCGUACAAAUUCGACUACGGGACUGCAACGCUCCACGACGGUAAUAUCACCGUGAACUUCACGUCUGUGCCUCCUUCCGGUCGCUACAACUUGACUUUCCCUACGUUUAUCGGGCAAGACCAGAACCAGCUCGUGGGUGAAAACACCUACACCACCACCUUCGAAAACCAGGAAUUCAACAACACCAUCGACUACGUGGUUUUGCCAUCGAACCGCGCCGUGUUCAACUCGAUCGAAUACGACUCUGAAAAUCAAGCCUACUUCUAUCUCAACAUUCCUAAGGACGCCUAUUUGGGUGGCUUUACUUUUAACACCACGGGUCCCAAGUCGUACUCUUAUAUCGCGAAUUCCUUCGAUUUCGGGUUUAUAGAAACCCCAAGCGACUCUGCAGCCAUUGGUUCCAGUUUGAUGAUCCUGCGUCCACCCAAAGCACUCUCGACAGUGUUUACCCACAAUACUACACCCUCGAUACCUCCAGCGGUGGUGUGAACUUUGCUUACAACGGUAAUAUUUCCGUCGAUGCCACAGACGAGUCCGGUUCGACUGAUAUCACCUACACUGCGGCUUACAUCAAAUUCGAAGUCAAAGCACCAUCGGGCACCAACGUUUUCGAAUUGGAUGCAACUUUAACCUUCAACGGUGACCAAAAGUUGACCUACUCUUUCCACAACUUUGGCUACGGUCCUGGGUUUUUGAACGCUUACGAAAUUCCAUCCUAUACUAUCUCUACAGGAACUGGUGGAUCUCCUUCCUCGUCUGCUUCUGCUUCUGCUUCAAGUUCUGCUUCAGGUUCUGCCUCUGCCUCUGCCUCUGCCUCUGCCUCUGCCUCUGCCUCUGCCUCUGCCUCUGCCUCUGCCUCUGCCUCUGCCUCUGCUUCUGCUUCCUCCGGGUUCAACUCUACAUCGUCGACUGCACCUUUCACUUCUACUCUAAGCUCCAAUGCUUCAAGUGGUGCUUCAUACCCAAGUUCCUCAAUGUCGAGCGGUUCCGCUAUUACUGGUUCUUCCUCUAGCAGCGGUUCUUAUAUCUACCCUAGCUCGAGUGUCUCGUCUGCUUCUGGCUCUGGAUCUGGCUCCGGUUCUGGCUCUGGCUCCGGUUCUGGCUCUGGCUCCGGUUCUGGCUCUGGCUCCGGUUCUGGCUCUGGCUCCGGUUCUGGCUCUGGUUCUGCUGCCAGCAUCACCACAACAAAGAAACUUUCCACUACUGUGAUCACUACUUGCCCAAUUUGCACGGGCAAGGACAAGACCACUGCCGUGGCUAUCUCCACCGUCACCACCACGCAAAGCGGCGUUGUCACUGAGUACACCACCUUUUGCCCCCUAUCUACACAAUCUGCCUCUUUGUCGGUGUCUUCCGGUACUACUGUCAGUCCAUCUGUGGGGAUCACCGAGAUUUCGUCUGGCGUCUACACCAUUUACACUACUUACUGCCCAUACACUGCCACUGCCGGCUCUGCCACUGCAGGUGCUUCAUCUCUUGGUGCUGUUUUUUCCGCUUCCUCUAGUCCCUCCAGCACUGCCGCUCUCGUAUCCCAAUACGAAGGUGGUGCCAAGUCAUUGACCUUCAAUCUUGCAGCUGUGCUAGCUUCGUUGUUGGCAUUGAUUUGA